GAGAAAUGCAGAGGACUGGGGCAGCAGAGGAGGGAGAAGUGAUAGGGGCCCCCAAAACUACGAACAGGGUGGAGGCUGCUGAUACGGGGAUUUUUUCUUCCUUCUCUCCACAUGCAAGAGAGCAAGGCCAGCCUUCAAGUUUUUGCUGCCCUCGGUGAAAUUUGGUUUUCGCAACCCAACACCCCAGCCAAGUGAUCAGCACCUGCCCAGGAUAUUUUGCCCUCCCGAAGCAGAGCUCUGAACAGUGUCUCCAGUUCCCAGUUCCUUCCUUGCUUCCUUGCUUCCUUCCCUCCUCCCUUCCUUUCCCUAUCAGGUGGGCUGCAUCUAGAAUUCAAAGAUUUCUCAUUGGCAAGCGUGGCCGCCAUGUCCAAGGAAGACACGCCUGGAGACCACCCCCUAAGCGGGCCAGAGAAGGUCCAGGUUGUGAGCCGGCUUCUGAAGCAGGCCCCCCCGGGAGAGUUCACCGAAGCCUUCAGCGACUUGCGCUUGCUGGUGGACGACGACGCCGUGAUGGGCGAGGAAGUGGCCAGCCUGUGCGCCGUCCACGACAAGGACCAUUUCACCCCCAUCCGAACUCAAGAGUGCGAAGUGCUCCUGACCCGCCAUAACGAGCUGGAGGAGAAUCGCUUCUUGGACCCGCAGGGUCAGGUGUCCUUCAAGUACGACCACCUGAAGAGGAAGGCGGGCGAAUUCCAGCCCCACCCCGAGGAGGACGAGAAAGGGGAGCUGUGGAGAAGGGCCAUCCAGGAGUCCCUGAAGGCCUAUGUCAGGAACCACUACCCCGAGGGCGUCUGCAGCGUCUUCAUCAAGGACACGGCCAUCCGGAAGAUCUUUGUGGCCUGCAUCGAGAGCCACCGGUACAGGCCCUCGGCCUUCUGGAACGGCUUGUGGAAGUCCGAAUGGACUUUCGCCUUGGUCCCGGUUGCCACUUCCACCCCGGUGACUGGCUCCAUCACGGUCCAAGCGCAUUACUUUGAGGACGGCAACACUCACCUGACCGUUGCUCGGGACGUGGAGGAGACGCUGCUGGUUACGGAUGAGGCCCAGACGGCUCAGGACUUUGUGAAGCUGGUGGAGAAGGCGGAGAGCGCCGUCCAGGGCGGGCUGAUGGAAGAGUAUCAGCUCAUGAACGGCACCUACCUGAAGUCCUUUCGGAGGCAACUGCCCAUCACCCACACCACCCUUGACUGGGAGAAGGUGGCGACGGCUAAGGUCUUGGAGGCGCGUGUGAUCCAGUGAAAGGCCAGCUUCCGCCCGGCAGGAGAAGUGGAGAGCAAGAAAUACAUGGGGCGUGGGGGGGGGGAGUGGAAAUGGAGUGUUUGAAAUAAGGUUACAAAUUAAAUAAAGGAGUG